CCUCAUCCGUCCAUUUCCUAUUUCUCGGCAGCUCUUUUUUUUCCUCCUAAAAUAUAAAACAUGUCCGACAACAGGCAAGACGCUCAGCGAGAACUCCACACCCAGGUGGAAACUAACAUCGAGGACAGCUUGGGCUCUGCUCUCGAGUCAUCUUUCAAUAUCCCUCCUCCUGCUCCCAAGCCCAAGGUUCCCGUCCCUUCUCAGGAAAAGGAAUCCGCUCCUGCAGCCACGGCCUCUGCACCUGUCCCUGGUCUUGACGAGUGGCCCCAAACUUUGCAAGGCUACCUCGACGAAUGGCAGGCCGAAUCCGCCACUGCUCGUGCCAAAGCUGAAGCUACUCGUAAGAGGUUUGAAGAAGAGCGAGCUGCCGAAGCCAAAGCUCUUGAAGACGCCAAAAAGGCGGAGAAAACGAAUAAGGAGGAAGAGGAGAAGAGGAAGAGGGAUGCGGAGAGGUUGAGGCAGGAGUUGGAAGGAGAGGAGGAUGAGGUACAGGGCGGAAAGGGUCACGGACAUGGAGACAAGAGCAGGGUCAAGGAAGCUUGGGAACUUGUUGCCAAGAAGGAAGGGCAGAGCAAGGACACUCCUGUGGUUGAGACUGAUGUCCGGGGCGUUACUGGCGAAGACGUGUUCGCCGGCCAGGCUGGUGAGAAGAAGGAGGUCAAGGCUCCCGCAUACGACCCCACUACUUCCACCGACCCUAUCCCUCCUAUUUUCCAAGACCCCAAGCCCGUCGCUCCAGCUCCUGCGCCUACAGAAUCGGCUACUCUGUCCCGGCACUCUGCCACCUCUCAAGCGUGGGAAGAAAUCUCUGGCCAGUCUUCCGGCAGUGGAGAGCAAGUUUCUCCUCCCCGAUCCUCUGGCUCCGACGACAUUGUCCAAGUCCCUUCUAACCCGGAAAAGGCUCCCGAAGCCCCCCGUCCUCCUACGCAACCCCCCUCACUCACCCUUACUCUCUUCACCAACGCUUCAUCCUUGUCAAUCCCUAGGAUCUUUGCCGUCAUCGGUAUCAACCUUGUGUUGCCUUUCAUCAACGGUGUAAUGCUCGGCUUUGGUGAGAUCUUUGCACGGGAAGUCGUGAAGGUCGGCAAGGCUGUCUGGAGGGGUGAGAGGAGUUUGUUCAACUGGAAUCGGGGUUCAGGUCUUGGAGGCAGAGGAACAACGGGUGUCGGAUUGAGUGGCGCUGGCUUCUAGAGUAUUUUGCGGAUUUUUGACAUGCAUCUACAACGUUGUGCUUCUAGGCGUUUGUCAUGAAAGGUAUUGCGUUACCG